UGUCAGGGGCGGGGCCUCGGACUCCCACGAGUCGGCGAGAUUGGCGUGUGGCCCGCAUCCCGCAGUUGUCCACCGGAGCGGGGUGGACGCACAGGUCAGAUCCCUGAGGUCUUCAGCAUCUUCAUUUCCCCUGCAGCACUCUGCACAGCCUGUGGAGAAGGACCCAGAACCUUUUGGAACUUAAGAUCCUGGAAGUUGUUAAGAACCAAUUCAAGAAAGGAACUUCAUUCUGCUGUGAAGCCGCUCGGUCAGGGGUUAGAGGGCCUAAUGGCUUCAAAAUCCCAGCCCAGCGCUCCCCAAACUGGGAACCCAGGGAACAUCGCCAACAGCAAGGCUGCAUCUCAAGGACAGUGGGGCCGUGCCUGGGAAGUGGACUGGUUUUCCCUGGCCAGCGUCAUCUUCCUGCUGCUCUUUGCACCCCUCAUUGUGUACUACUUCAUCAUGGCGUGUGACCAGUACGGCUGCUCCCUGACCGCCCCCGUGCUGAACACAGUCACUGGUCAUGCCAGUCUCACAGACAUCUGGGCCAAGACCCCACCUGUGACAAUGAAAGCUGUCCAGAUCUACACCUUGUGGGUCACCUUCCAGGUGCUUCUGUACAUGUUGCUUCCUGACUUCUGCCACAAAUUUGUGCCACGCUAUGUGGGAGGAGUUCAGGAGGGCGCCGUGACACCUGCAGGAGUUGUCAACAAGUAUGAGGUCAAUGGCCUGCAAGCCUGGCUCAUCACACAUCUCCUCUGGUUUGCUAACUCCCACUUCCUAUUCUGGUUCUCGCCCACCAUCAUCUUUGACAACUGGAUCCCGCUGCUGUGGUGUGCCAACGUCCUUGGCUAUGCUGUGUCCACAUUUGCCAUGAUAAAGGGCUACCUUUUCCCCACCAAUGCCAAAGACUGCAAAUUCACAGGCAACUUCUUUUACAACUACAUGAUGGGCAUCGAGUUUAACCCUCGAAUAGGGAAGUGGUUUGACUUUAAGCUGUUCUUCAAUGGACGCCCUGGGAUCGUGGCCUGGACCCUCAUCAACCUGUCCUUCGCAGCGAAGCAGCAGGAGCUGUAUGGCCAGGUGACCAACUCCAUGGUCCUCGUCAACGUCUUACAGGCUAUCUAUGUGCUGGAUUUCUUCUGGAAUGAAACCUGGUAUCUGAAGACCAUUGACAUCUGCCAUGACCACUUCGGCUGGUACCUGGGCUGGGGCGACUGUGUGUGGCUGCCCUAUCUGUACACAUUACAGGGCCUGUACCUGGUAUACCACCCUGUGCAGCUCUCCACCCCACACGCCGUGGGCGUCCUGGUGCUAGGCCUGCUGGGUUACUACAUCUUCCGCAUGGCCAACCAUCAGAAGGACCUGUUCCGUAGGACCGAUGGGCGCUGCCUCAUCUGGGGCCAGAAACCCAAGGCCAUUGAGUGCUCAUACGCAUCGGCUGAUGGCCAGAAGCAUCACAGUAAGCUGCUGGUGUCAGGCUUCUGGGGUGUGGCCCGCCACCUCAACUACACGGGCGACCUGAUGGGCAGCCUGGCCUACUGCCUGGCCUGUGGUGGGAGCCACCUCCUGCCCUACUUCUACAUCAUCUACAUGACCAUCCUGCUGACCCAUCGCUGCCUCCGUGACGAGCACCGCUGUGCCAGCAAGUACGGCCGGGAUUGGGCACACUACACUGCUGCUGUGCCCUACCGCCUGCUGCCUGGCAUCUUCUAAGAGCCCAUCACUUGGCAGCUCUAGGUUGGCAGGCUGUAAGAAAGCAUGUGGAGCUGGUCAGUGGGAGCUGGCAUCCCAGCUGUGCCCUCUAGAGCUUCAGUUUCCUCAUCUGUGAAACAGAAAGAGCCUGGCCCUUGGCAGGUGUCUAGUUGACGUUAGCAUUCUUUCCUGUCCCCUGUGCUCAGGGGAAUUGUGACUUUACACCAGCAGAAAGGACUGGUUUCUUAUUCAGUAUACCAAGGGCAGGAAGGUGACCUGCUCACCUGGAAAAGCCCUCUCGUAAUAGUUUUUUUGUAUCAGGAGUCCAGGGUGUUGCACUGUCCAGACAAAGGAGUGUCUGAGGCUCACCCAGCCACCUUCUGGCUCUCUGUGGCUAGGACUUAUUCUUGUUAAAUAAAAGCAGAAGUAGGAUCUAUGAGGUAUGCAGGUUGUCCACAUCUGCCCUUUGGCAUCUGCCCUGCCAUGGUGGGCUGGGCUCUCGGCACAGCACUUGUUUGAAGGGCACACAGUACGUGUUAGCAGAGGGUGCCGAGGGACACUUGCAGGAGGAAGGGGCUUCUGUUUCCUUCUUGCUGCUGUUGCACAGCUGGCUGCCCGGGGUGGGCAUGGGACAUCUGAGGGCACUGUCCAAUGUGCAAGCCCUGGACAACCUGGCCACAGCCCUUCUGACACACAGUGAGAUCCCAGCUCCCCGUGAGCGUCGUUCAGUGCCUCAGCCGUGUGCCCUCCGGAAGGUAUCACUAGCUAUACAAGGCACAGAUUCUAAUGCAGAUGGCUCGGAGGACGUCACCAUCCAGGGACCUUGGCCAAACCUUCUCCAGCAAGGAGUCCUGGUCUUGGGCAAGUGUUUCUUCAAGAGUUUUCUUCCCAGGGACAGUGCCCUCGACUUCAGGAUACUCUGUAAAAUUCUUUGGAUACAAUUCCUUUGCAUAGCUGAGAAUUCUUUAUAUUAAAUGUUCCCUGCUCAAGUAAA